AUAUGAGCAGACGGGCAGCUUGUGGGGAUCAGUGAGAGAUAAAGUAGAAGAGACUCGGCGGAAGGCUGCCCGGCACAAACAUGGAGGAGUGCGGAAUCUGCUGCUAUGAGUACGGCCCGGGCCGGGAGCCGCAACCGCUGGAUGGCUGUGUGCAUGUUAUCUGCACCCUCUGCCUCAUGGAACUGGUGGGCAAGCGGGGUGCCAUCAUGUGCCCCUACUGCCGAGCGUUCUCUGCGUUGCCUAGCGACCACUUGUACGGCGUCUGCGGUGGGUCAAAGAAAGGGCGGAGCCACAGGAGCUGGCUAAAGAGGCUGUUCCACUCCACAAAGCGUCACCAAGGGAGCAGAGUCAAGGAGACCUGAUGAAUCCAACUGCAAUAAGUUCAUUCUUCACACGAGUUUUCAGGAAGAAGACGAAGAAGAGAGUCCAUGAUGCCUGGGCUGUUGCAAUGGUAGACUUGAAACUGUGCCGCCAUUUUGGAUUUGGUUUGGUUUAGCGGCUUCCUGCCCACACAAGGAAUCCCAGUACCAAGGACUUAUAUUGCUUGCUGGCGUCUCAGGAAUAUUCCAGAAACCUCUGCUGGUCUCGGCAACGUAUUCACAGACUUUUACCUGUUCAUUCUGUCAAGGUGGCGAUUUAUUUACGUUAGAAUGUUUUCUACACAACAGUGCAAUUAUGAUACAACAACAGCCGUGACUCACCAAGUACUGUUUAUGCGUGUUAAUUGUUUGUUUCCUAUAUAGCGGUAAUUAUUAUUAUUAUAUUAUCUUUUUUUUUUUUAAAUAUCAGAGUUAAAUAUUUUGCAAUUACAUUGCCCAAUCAGGGCAGGCCUUGGGUAUUGGUCAUAUGAACUAUUUAUUAUAUUAUAUAUAAUAGUGUGAUUAAAUGUAGCUUUCUAUAAGACUGUAUAU